AUGCUGCAUUUGGCUGUUGACUAUCAAGACAAGAUAUGGCAUGUUAAUUAUGAAGAAAGUUGAUCCGAGCACCCUUCUCUGUGCUCAAGCUGCUCGGACUGGAAACUAUUCGAUCUUCAGCAGUCUGAGAUAAGAGGAGGUUAACCAGUCAGAGCGUCCUCAACCUUGCAAUGUCCUCAACCAAAAUUGAUGAUUCUUAUGUGCCAAUAUUACUAAUGGCAAACAAUGCUGUGCUGAGGCAUGGAAUUCGUACUGCUGAAACGGGGAACAGAAACAUGGGAGAAUGGUGGUUCUCGUGAAGCUGUAGCAAUGAUCAUUUUGCUGAUUUGUCUACUGGAUAGUGGAAGUUUUAUGCGAUGUCUGUUGGUGCCAAUCAAUGAUCAUCGCAAACUGAGCAAACAUUGCAAUACGUAGCAGACUCGUUGGAUUUUGCUGUUGAUUACUUAUUUUACCUUACAAGAGAAGUUGAGCAGAAUAUUGAUCCCAGAACCCUGCUUUGUGCUCAAGCUGCUGAGACUAGAAAUCCCUAUGUCUUCAUCUGGCCAGCAUAAAAGGAUCUCAGACAGAGUGAUGGUCAUUGCCAAUCUUAACCAGACUUCUCGGUGCUGUUGUUAUGUUUGCCAGAUUUGGAGAGAGAUGAAUUCAAGACAUCACAUUCUGAUAUUAUUCUAUAGAUCCCACAACUCGAGCCCUACCUGAUUCUCUAACCCUUUUUUUAUUUUAUGGAGCUCCAUUUAUCAUCAAUAUUACUAAUAUGAUAAGUCUAUUUUUAUUUUAUAGUUCAUAAAGUAUUGAAUAUACAUGGAUAUGAACUUUAGACUCUAUUUCAUGGUUCUAUGUUUCAUAGAUGAAAUAUAGUUUGUUUCUUAAGUUUAGAUUUAUUUUUUAAAAACUGAAUUUAAAGAAUUUGAAUUAAAAAUUCAUUUGAAUUUAUAAUUUAAAAUCUCAUGAACUUAUUUUCAAUCUCAAAAAUUGAUUGGAAAUACAAAAUCUUACUUUAAGGAAAUUACAUUUUGACAGUCAAACACACAUCAAUUCACCUAUCUCUUACCAUGCUUUAAGAAAUAUCCUUAAAUUUCUCAUAUUCAAAUUCAGAAAAAAACAAAACCCCAAGAGUCAUCCUAGAAGAAGGAGGAGGACACGUGUCAAAAACCCAAUUACUACAACCACCGUUCAACAUCCAUAAUUUAAAUAAAUAAAUUCCCUCUCAAAUCACAAAAUUUGAAUCCAUAUAAAAAAAAUAUAGAAACAGAUUCAAUGCCCUCAAAAUAAAUUCCAACGUUCGAAAACCACGAACUCCCCUGCAAUCACGCACUUUUGUCUUCCUUUCUCUUCAUGGAACAAGAAGAGCAAGCCGACUAUACCACCCUCCGGCUCGGCUCCCCCACCGGCCCUGAUCAAGUGGCUCAGCCACCUUCAUUUGUCACUCUCUCCCCAUUCCCUCCAAUCUCAACUCCCUCCUCCCGCCGCCGGCUCUCGAGCCAGUUCACCCCGAGCCGAGCAGUCCCAUUGGCUCGGCGGCUGGCUAGGGUGUCUUUGCAAGGGCGGCUUGUGGAUGCUGAGGAAGCUAGCUCGGCUAAAGCCAUUGGGUUGAGCGGGGAGGCGGGUGUGGCUUGGGAGCUGUUUAGUCCUGUUCAAAGGUUUCUGAUUGUUGCUGUUAUUGGGGUUGCUGUUUCUGAAUCUAAGAAGAAUAGGAUCAUUAAUCAGCUCAAAAAGUCUGUGGAGCUUAGGGAUCAGGUGCUAUCAAGCAUGCAGCAGAAGCUGGAUGAUCUGUGUGAUCAGUUGAGCAGCAUUAACAACCAGGCAGGAACCAAGGGCAAUGCAUCUUUCAACAACAACAAGAAUUUAGAACCACCAUGUAAUGAUGUUUUUGGUUGUGAUAAAAUUAAAUUUGUUGACUGUGGUUGUUGGUAUUGUGAUCAACACCAUGACCUGCUUGCUGGUUUGAUGGGGAACUCUGUUGUCAAAGUGUCUAAAGGUGAUGAGGUGCUGCAGUACAAAAUGCCUUUCAUAAAUGAGGUGGAACAAGAAGAGCGCCGCAUGUCAGAUUUGUCAGAUUGGGCUUCAAGUGUUACAUCUGCAGCAGAAAUGCAGAUGAACACUUAUGCAAUAGACCAGGACAUGUUCAGUCUAAAGAGAGAGUGUGAAGAGAAGGAUGCCACCAUUAAGGAGCUGAACAGUAUUCUUCAAACAAAUAAUAUGGCAGAUUCUAAGAGAAUAGCUGAGUUGGAAGACAUCAUACGCAGGAAGAACACGAUGAUCACAAGACUUAGGAAGGACAUGAUGGUAUUAGAGCAAAAGGUGGUGCAUCUUACAAGACUUAGGAGACCAUCGUCCUCCUUCUGUGUCUCAGACAGUUUGGAACUUCCUCUCAUGGUGGAUAGCAUAAUCUAUGAUAUGGAUAGCACCACUAGCCCUUCCUCCUCUGAUUCAGAUUCCUCUCCUGCGAACCGACCACAAGCUCCUGCUGCUCAUAUUCAGGAGACUCCUGUUCAGAGCAGUGAGCUUGGUUUGACAAAAAGCCAGAAAUCAGCACCAGCAAAGGCCUCCAGUUCUGUGGUAGAACUUCACAAAAAAUCUAGAUCAGAAAGUCCUCUCAAAGAAAUAUCAACAAAUCAAAAGUCCAUUGGACUCCCUUCUUCGAGGCCAAAGCAGUUGUCAGCUGAAGGGAACAUCAGGAAGGUUAGAAGGCGGUCUCAAAGUGCAAUUAAGGAUGCAUCUUCAAAGAAGAGAUGGUUCUAGUUUAUGCGGCAGAUGUAUGUAGAUAAGGGUAACACAGGGCUGGCAAUUGAAGAAAAAUGCCUUCGUCUUUCAAUCUCAUUUGCAGGCAGAUAUACAUCAGGCUACUUGAUAUCUAGAACUGGAAGGGCCAUGUUGCUAUCAUUAUGAUGUUGUUAAAGUAAUAGAAUUUCUGUAGAUGUCCAAACAUAAUAUUUAUUUCUAAAAAUAUCAGCUUUAGUUAAUA